CGGAGAAGUGACGAGAUCAUCGUCAAUGAAAUACAUGACUCAGGUAGAGGAAGGGGAGCGAGGAAUGGGAAUUCUUUCCCGACACCGUGAUUCGUGGUCGCUGGGUGACUGCAGGAUCAGAGGUGGUCCUGGUCCACUGACAAGCGGUUAGCCGUGAGAGUGACUAGCGUUGUUGCGACUCGGCGACGGACUAUCGACUGUCAAUGAAUCUCUCUGGCGCUGAUACAGUGAUAGUGGUCGAUGCGGAGUGAAUAAUUAUGAGCGCAUAAUGGCGUAGACCUCGGUUAUCGGCUAUCGGUCUGCGGUGCCAGCGCUCAUGGCAACUUCUCAGAAUAGCAGCAGACCUUCAACGAAUAAACAAUCAUGGACUUGUAGUAGCAUCUUCUUCGAGGGGAGUAAUCAUGGUAAUGGAAACCCCUUUGUGGAUUCAUCUCCGCGGAGGACCUUCUAUCAUCCAUCAUCCGGUGUACAAGAAACACAGGUGAAAAAACGACGGCAUCGCUCAGCAGGCAGGCGCACAGUGCGACUAGCAUUUACGCCGACACUGCCAAACAAUGUGACCUUCAGCGGAGAAGGUAGACAUUGUCGACAUGACGGAAGAGCCUCUGUUAGUGAUUACUGGCAACCGACAAUGCAAGAGAAUACUAGUGCAGAGCUAUCAACGCCUGCAGCACAUACAGCAGCCAAGAACCAAGCAUUGAAUAGCCAUGAGCAUCCUGCUACUAGUACCAGCCUGACUAGCAGCAGCACAGAGCCUGUGUUGGCAAGCUACGUUCAGAGGUUCAGAGAAGCUGAUGGAGUAACGACUGCUAGUAGGGAUGGGUCAAUGGAGGAGUCUGAGUUCUGGUGGCACAAUGAAGACAACUUUUCCAAUGCUUUGACUUCAUCUCGGUCUACAGCUACAUCAGAUGAAGAGGCUGGUUCUGGUAGAUCAUCGGAGCCGGGCGCAUGUACAUCAUGUGCUGUGAGAUCACCGCAAUCAUCUGGGACAAGCAGUGCUGGUGGUGAUGGUUCAAGUAUCGGUGCUUGUUGUAGUGGAUCAUCUAUCAGUUCAGCUCUCAACCUGCCACUGCCUCAUGUGCUAGAUAAGCAGUUUGCGCAGGAUGGAACUUCCGAAUCAACAUCCGAACGAGAAGGUGUACGUCAGCAGCUUGUGUUAGAGCACACAUGUCUUGGCCACGGGACCCAGCCAACUCCUGGUGAUCAGAUACAGAGCGAGCAAGGCCGAACUAAGCAUAUAGGCAACAGGAGUACGCUAGAAGCUCCAAUCAAGGAUGAGGUCCAGACGCAGGGCAAUGCUGGAAAUGACAAAGACGAUCAUUGUACUGAUGUUCUGGAGAGAUGGAGACGUCGGCAUCGCUAUUAUCGUGCAAUGGGUCAUCCUGCAACCUUAGAGUCAGGGUUACAUCAUGCUCACAUGCCAUAUCUAAACAGGGAUGUGGGAGUCACACAUUGUCAGCACAACCACUAUGACCAAGCUGCACCCUUCCGUAGCCGCCAUUCAUCCACAUUGAGAGUCCAAGGAAAGCACACAGCCAGUCCAUACACUAGUAGUCAUGUACCGGUGUAUUCACAACAUCCAGCACCUCCGGUUUGGGGCCGGAGACAGUGUUGUACAUGCACGACUUCCAGAAGUGCGAGUUUGCCGCAACAAUCAGCCACGGAGCUUACCAUUCCACGCGGUGGCGACCGACUUGAAGAAACACGGCGACUUAUCAGACGCCUGCGCAUGCAGUUGAGGUAGAGCUGAACAGACGAGUUGAAUACACCAAUGAUGAUGCCACGUUGUUUUGUAUGUGCCUGGAAGCUGAUUGUUGACUACUUGCUUGAGAGGCAUACACCGUUGUACAUACACCGUUGGCUACUGAAUGCUCUUAAAGGGAAACUGAACGCCAAAAAUAAGUAUGGCUUAUCCGAAGGGGAAUUGGGCACUGAUUCCGAUGAGCUAUGUCUCGAGCCGAUCAGAGAAGAGGAACUGUGUCAAAUUCCAUAAAUAACACCUCCCAUAUUUGGAAAUUGGCCUUGAUGACGUGCGUACUGCUUAGCUGUCACCAUGCUGUGCAUGUUCAGCAGUGUAAUUGAAUGGAAGAAAACAAUUACUUUGGUGUUUUGCAGCUCUGUUUCGUUCCCUGACGGUAACCAAAUCUAGAUGUAGGAAUCUGUUGAGCAGGAGAGUGACACAUGUCUUCCCAAAGGCUGUCCAGGCUGCAGUGGUGAUGAAGAAGACACGAUCAUCACCCCGAGAUCGAUCGUAGCGAAUUGGAAAACUCAUGGUGAAUUUGCUUCCACUCCAAGGCAAUGUCGAGGUAUGAAUGGUGCUUGUACUGCCUUCCAAAGUGAAGAGGAGAUGAACAUGGCUUUGCAUAGCUGUUGUUCUAUGCCAACUUACCUACUCUUGCUGGUACCGUAGUGGCAUAUUGCAAAUUUCGUGGACGAACAACUCUAGUCACUAGUGGCUAGUGAGCAACACUAACAGACCAGAAUGCUUCGCUAUCAACUCCUGGCUUUCCAUCGGCAUGGUGUUCAGGUGCAGCGGCAUCUGGUCCGGGGAGUUCAAGUUGCUGGAUGGCUGCACUGACACCGGAUGGGUUUGCGUUGGCAAUGCGAUACGGCAGUCAUCCCACAUCACGAGCUACAUGUUUAUGUAAUUUAUAUUGUCGCUCGUCCAGCAACGUCAAGGCUCUGCAUGUAAACACAGGAGAACACCAUAAUACUACUCAGGGGAUAAUAAUUUUGGAUAUCAAUUUCGUGACAAUUAUUAGAUUCACACAAUAUUCACAACGUAUGCAACACGAUGCUGUCUAUUGACACUACUUCAAAUUGAAGUGCUCACUACUCCUCUCCCGUUUUUAUCUCCCUCUACCUUAUGAAUACUCUGCAUUACUGGUUUCAUUUCUACCCUUUCCAUUGCUGCCAGCUCCCAGUCUUUUUCAAUGCACAGCACCACCUUGACAGUCAUUUUUGUGAUUUGAUGUACACAUACUUUGAAGUUCAAAUUCGAAUUACAUGAUCAGAUUUUUGUUCCACAUUUUCUAUUUAUUUUUACUUCAAGCACAACCCUACCGAUGAAGGGAAAGAAGCAGCAGAGAGA